AUGACAAUUGGACAAAUAUUCCUUUAUGCCUGCCUUGGUUUGGGAGCAUAUAUAUGGAGCAUAACACUCAUCGCACCCAAUACUUCGGUCUGUGACGUCCUUCAAAAAUCCACUUCAGCUUCUUCUGGUUUCUCAGUCACGACACUGAAUAGUUCAAGUCGUACUGUUGGCGGAAGACUCACUCCAUCCCCUGGUGGGACAACUCCCGUCGCACUUCGAAAUCCAUUUGGUACUUGCAUACUGCCACAAUUCGAUCCGUGGGACGCGAAUAUAGUACCGUACGUCGAUCCAGACUACAAUCCUCUGCAAAAAUGCAAUCGAAGCUACAAGCCAUUGACUACGCUUAAAAACGGUAUCGUCACUGUAAACAAGAAGAACGUGUUAUGUAUGGGCAGGUAA